UAUCUCCAUGAACACAGCAUAACCCAUCGCGACAUCAAACCAGAAAAUGUACUUUGCAUGACGAAAGAUGACUACACCGUAGUGAAGCUUGCUGAUUUCGGUCUUGCUAAGGAUGCGGACGCAUCUACCAUGAAAACAUUUUGUGGCACUCCUGCUUACAUGGCGCCGGAGAUGGUCGACAAUGAGAAGCUAGCUUACAACCCGAGGAUUGACAUGAGAAAAGCAGGAGUUACUUCAGGUCGUCUUAUAUUCCAUCAUCAAUGGAAAUAUGUUACACUGGAAACGCAACACGCUAUCAAAAUGAUGCUGAAGCCUACGUUGCGAGUAUCCGCAAAAGAUGCUCUCAGAAAAUCCUGGUUACAGAACAGUGAAGUAGUAUCCAAGGCAAAAGCUAUAGUGGCCAAGUUUAUCCAGACUAAGAAGGACCCGGAGCAUGCGCUGGAUUGA